UACAGACCGAUAGAGGAGCACACAUUCACCUACACCGCCAUGCCGCUGGAGCCGAGAAGAAGAGCGUCGCCAGGGUGUUGUUAGUUUACCUGAGGCGGGGAAAGGAGGCGAGAGAUGCGGGCGCGUCGUUCAAAGGCACCCCGCUGUUGUGUUUGUCUUCACUGUCAACAACAGUCCAACCACAGCUUCGCUCUCGCCUUCUCUCAGUUCAUCUAACGGCGCUGCACCGAGGACAUCACUAGGACUAUGUGAGCAUCAUGCACGCUGUGAGAUGCCUGCUGUUCGCUGCAGUGUGUGCACGGUGCUCCGUGACAGGUCUGAGGGAGUGGGGGAGUCUGGUUGAGAGGUUGCCGCUUGCAGAGGAGGUCGUUCGACCCAAACGGCUCCUCCAACAGAUCCACUCUGAGGAGGAGCUGCUCCACAGCCACCUGGACACCCGGGUCAAGAACCACACAGCCGGAGCUCAGCCAGUCCAUCUGGCCCAGAGCAGUUUCUUGGUGGAGGCCUUUGGUAAAUCCUUCAUCCUUGACCUGGAACUCAACCACGACCUCCUGUCUACAGAUUAUGUGGAGCGUCACUAUGAUGAGGAAGGGCAGCUAUCAAUGAAUAUGGGAGGAGAGCACUGUUACUACCAUGGGCGAGUGCGGGGAUCGCCCGGCUCCUGGGCCGCUCUUGCCACCUGCCACGGCCUUCAAGGCAUGUUUUCUGACGGGAACUUCUCGUAUGGGAUUGAACCUGUUGACAGUGGCAAGGAGGAGUACAACGAACACAUUAUAUAUCGCAUGCCAGACGUCUACCUCUUUCCACCUUCUUGUCCAGGAUGCUCAAUGAACAGGACAGGACAUGAGGAGAAGACAAACAGCCAUGUCGAAGAAGAGGGCGAGCAAAAAGGCGGAGAUGACUGGUCCGAGGAGCAGAAGCCAGUCUUCAAAAAAGGCCUGAGACGCUCAAAGAGACAAGUGCGACGAGGUCAGCGCACAGUCCAGACUGAGACCAAGUACAUCGAGCUGAUGGUUGUCAACGACCAUGAACUGUUUGUGCAGGUCCGUCGGUCGGCCACUCAGACAAAGAACUUUGCCAAAGCAGUGGUGAACAUGGCCGAUGCGAUCUAUAAGGAGCAGCUCAACACUCGCAUCGUCCUGGUGGCCAUGGAAACCUGGUCUUCUGAGAACAAGGUCUUUGUGGGCGACGACGCCUUGCUCACCCUCCGAGACUUCAUGAAGUACAGGAAGGAGAGCAUCAAGGAGCGCUGUGACGCUGUUCACCUUUUCUCUGGGAGGACUUUCAUGAGCAGCCGCAGCGAGGCCGCCUACAUAGGGGGAAUCUGCUCCAUCACCAGAGGUGGCGGCAUCAAUGAGUUCGGCAGCGUGGGCCCGAUGGCCAUCACACUGUGCCAGAGUCUGGGCCAGAACAUCGGCAUGCUGAGAAACAAAGAGCGGCCGGCUGCUGGAGACUGCAGGUGUCCCGACCCGUGGUUGGGCUGUAUCAUGGAGGACACAGGUUUCAACCUGCCUAGGAAGUUCUCUCGCUGCAGUAUAGACGAGUACCUGCGUUUCCUCCAACUAGGGGGAGGCAGCUGUCUCUUCAACAAGCCCAGCAAGUUGUUGGACCCGCAGGAGUGUGGGAAUGGAUAUGUGGAGACGGGAGAGGAAUGUGACUGUGGAUCAUUAGUGGAGUGUGCCCGUAGUGGAGCCAACUGCUGUAAAAAGUGUACCCUUACCCACAAUGCAAUGUGCAGCAACGGCCUCUGCUGCAGGGACUGUAAGUACGAGCUGAGAGGGGUGACGUGUCGUGAUGCUGUGAACGACUGUGACAUUUCUGAGACCUGCAUAGGAGACUCCAGCCAGUGUCCUCAUAAUGUGCACAAACUGGACGGCUACAUGUGUGAUGCUGGACAGGGUCGCUGUUAUGGAGGUCGUUGCAAGACCAGAGAUAGUCAGUGCAGGAGUCUGUGGGGCUACAACUCAGCUGACAGGUUUUGCUAUGAAAAGCUCAACUCCGAGGGCACAGAGAAAGGAAACUGUGGCCCAGACUCCAGUGGUCAGGGAUGGGUGCAAUGCAACAAGCAAGACGUUCUUUGUGGAUUGCUGCUGUGCACCAACCUGACAGAGAGGCCGCGCUUCGGUGAACUGCAGGGGAAGCUCACCAGUCUGACCAUCCACCACCAGAACAGAUACAUGGACUGCAGGGGUGGUCAUGCUGUGCUGGAUGACGGCUUGGAUCUGGGGUAUGUGGAGGAUGGGGCGCCGUGUGGGCCGAACAUGAUGUGUUUGGAGCGUCGCUGCCUCCCUGUCACAACAUUCAACCUCAGCACCUGCCCGGGCUCCUCCACCUCACGCAUCUGCUCCCACCACGGCACUUGCAGUAACGAGGUGAAGUGUAUCUGUGAUCCAGACUACACCGGGAAGGACUGUAGCGUGUUUGACCCGAUCCCCAUCCCCACCCCACCAGAGGGUCCAGAGAAACACAAAGGUCCCAGUGGCACCAAUAUCAUAAUAGGUUCGGUUGCUGGUGCUAUUCUGGUGGCAGCGAUAGUCCUGGGGGGAACUGGCUGGGGAUUUAAAAACAUCCGAAGGGGAAGAUCCUCGGGUGGCUGAGUCGUAUCUCUUUGCUGUCUUUGUCUACCAUAAUCUGUGUCCAGCCUGCUCUGAGGAGACAAAAAAAACUCAAGAUGUCUUCCAUUUAUGAGCCCUCAGACCUCUCCACUCUUUUUUCCCUCCUUUAAUUUCAUCUGUACCUUCCUCCUUGACGGUCAAAGAUUUUUUUAAACUGUGGAACUUAAGACACCAGAUCUUACCAGCUGUCAGGGAUCGUCUGGAUACAAAUAUCUAAGUCUAUGUUUGCGUUAUUACUUUGUUGUUUUUCCAGCUGCUCUUCUGCCAUAUUGACUGCUGGUUGUAUACUUUUUACCCCUUUUAGUGAUUUCCUAAAAGAAAAAAAAAGGACGGAGCCUUCUGUCCGUACACAGUUAAAAUAUUUUGCCUCAUGGAGAACUCUUAACCUCUUUCAGUAGUGUGACUUUAACUGCCAUAUCACCCAGUAGUGAAUGUUUGCACUCUAUCUGCGUAGAUGAGGGAUUUUUUUGUGUGCUAUUACAUUCCGCAGUGACCUCCAUACUUUCUCAUUUAACGCUGCCUUCAUUAACGAACACUAGCCCAUGUAAAUCAAUGCUUCCACAUAAUCUGCAUUAAUAUAUUAAUGUAUAGUACAAACCACUAACUAUUAAUAAAGAUAGACGAUGCAUCUCCACCUCCUCCCGUUGUACAAAGCUGAAGCCAAAACUAACAUAUUAGUCUGCCAAGUAGGGAUCGUCUAGGUGUGCAGGGGUUCUGAUGUCCUGCUGCUUCUGCUUACCAUGACACACAUUUAACUUAUCAAUAAUUUGGUAUAGAUCCCGCCCACAGUAGAACCGAUUCUUGUUGAGGCAGACAUUCACGGUUAUGGAAGGUUCAAUGACUCAUUUGUAAGCAUUGGUUACAUUUUCUCUCGUCUUUCUCCUCUACUCUCCUAAUAUAUUACACACAGUGAUGCAUUUGUCAACAGAGCUGUCAAUCAUGGCAUUAUACCUUUUAUAGCAUCAAAGGACUAAUUAUAAAGAAGCUUCUUGGGGGAGAAAAAAGAGGACAUGAACACAAAUCAGCGUUAUAAAAACUAGCAUCAUGUCAAAAACUGUGUCUGAGAAAAAUCUAUUUGACAUGAAUUUUAAUUCUAAAUAUUUCCCCAUGUCCCAUCUGUUAACAUGGAGGAGGCAGAGUUUAUGACCUAUACUGCAGCCAGUCAGUAGACGGAGCUCUAAAUCUUUUGGCUUCACUUUGUGGGAGUUGUUGAGUUGUCCAUCUUUUUAUAUUGUCUGGUUCAAACCUGCAUGGAGGCUCGUUGUGUCUCUGUACUGAUGUAAGCGAAGCUGAAUAGCGUGUUGCAAACACACCAAAUAUUUUCCCCUGUAAUAUAUUGAAUCCACCCAUUGCAUCCACAGGACCAAUAUGCAUACAGGUAUGCUGAACACUGGUGCUGAUGUACAUAUUGUAAUAUAAGGUCGAGUCAUUUAGACCGCAGUGACUCACUGACGCUCUGAAUGGAAGCACAAACCGCUCAUGUUGAAGAUUUAAUAAGCAAGCCAGGAUUCAAAUCUUUGCUUGUUCAGGGAAGUCUGAGAUGCUCCAUGCCUGAUGACUUGAACCACAGAGAAAACAUGCUAGCUUGUGAACCCUCAGAAAGGAUAUCUAGCUGCACAAUUAUUACAGAUUAGGAACAUUAAUGCUCAUAUUUAACAGGAUCUCCCUCAAAUUCCACAUGAUUUGGCUUCUGUCAGUCAAGUUAAGGAAGUAGUUGGAAAAGUAUUUGCAAGAUUUACUUAAUCUCUUAAUGGCUAUGAGUAGUUACAUUCUGAUGUAACACAGCAAUAAAAUGUACACUAAUUAAGACUGUGGUUAUGGUGCAAAAGAAAGUACAACAAAUUAUGUUCUCCCAAAAAAAGAAGAGAAAAAUAGUCAUUUCUGCAACUUUUUUAUUUACCUUAAAUUGUUUUAGUUAUAGGGAUUUACAGGAACUUUAAUCAGGUUAUGAAGAUAUUCUUCUGUGGAUAUGAUAAUAUACAACAAAUGCUUCCUCAGCUUUGUUUGAGUAGAAGCAUGAACGACAGCGUAAUAGCUCAGACUGUGCCAGAAGAGAUGAUCCAAGCUACACUGCCAGUCAACCUACAGAAGUGAGAGUCAGCAUCAGGUUAAUCAUUUAAACAUUCCUGAUUAAAAGUAGCAAGUGGUGUUAGAAAUGUUCUCAGAAUUUAUCAACACAGACUACAUUUAAAAUGUCAAUGUACAUAACUAAUAUUCUUACUGUAUCAUUUCUAAUAUUUGAGGAAACAUUUGGCUGAAAGCUCAGGUCCUGCUGUGAGAACUACUCUUGUCCAUACUCACUCAUGUAGUUGGACUUUGUCAUCAUUCACACAUGAAGGUUUACACAAAUGUUGUGUUACAGGACGGUUACCAAUAUUUGCUCUCUUUGUGUUAUACUCGUAUGGCUGUAUAUUUAAAUAAAUAUUAAACAUAUCUGAAUGAC